AUGGCCCCAGUCGACGCCGGCGAAACAAUCGAAGCGAGGCGGCACAGGUUGUCCUCUGUCCCACGAGCGUGUGAGGGGUGCAAGAUCCGCAAGGUCCGCUGUGACCGAACUAUACCAUGCGCAAACUGCCGUGCAGCCAAGAUUACUUGCCGCCAGCCUAAUGACAAGUCUAGCCGGCAGGUACAGGCGGAUCGCGUGGCGAACCUUCAAGGUAUCGUGGAGCACCUUGAGAAGCGUCUUCAGACCGUUGAAUCCAGGCUUGCAACUUUGGAACAGCCCCAAUCGCAGCCACAGCCGCAGCCACAACCAGUGGCCUCGACGGCGUAUGCUGUAUCGUCGACCCCCCGCCCAGUAGAAGGGCUUCCUGUUGCUGAAGGUGAGCCUUCCUUCGCAGCACAGUCUCUCCAGGCCAGCGAGAGUGCGCGCACUGCCUGUCAAAGCGACUCGGGUACAGAGCACUUGCUCCGCCAGCUCCAAAGCAAUAUCCGUGCCUCAGACGGCCUGUCAAGGUCGAACUUCGUCUUUCGAAAAUCGACGUCAAAUGUAAUUUCAACGCCUCAGCUACUGCCCGCAACUUUAGUGACAUGUAUCCUACAACGAAUGCAUGCACACCGUCCCAUUUUUCUCUCUUCAUAUGCCGUCAGUGACCUAUCGUUGGUGGAGAGUUUAUAUCAGAAAGUGUACUCAACUACUGAGCUGGUAUCCCCCGGUGAAAUUGCCAACAUGCAUGGAGUUCUAUCACUGCGAACAGAUCUUGUAGCCGCAGUCGAAACUUACGAAGUACUUGCUGUACCCAGCUUUGAGAAUAUCCUUGCCCUGGUUAUGGGGAUGAUCAAGGCCCAAGGAGAAUCAAAACCCUACUUAUACUGGCAGCUUGUCUCCGCGGCUGUUACACACUGCCAGUCUCUCAACUACCACCGGGAGUCCACGUACCUACAGAUGGCCCCUCAAGAAUGA